UACACUCCAUACGCAUUACACGCCAGUCCUGCGUUGUGUCCGCUGUUGUCGUGCCGCACGUUUUACUUGCAGAAAUGGCCUCCGAAAACAAAUCGUGCAAGACAGAGGACGUGCUGGAGAUCGUUUCGAAAGAUAGUGAGGUAGAGUUGUGUGUUGAAGAUUCUUCGUCAGAUGACGAAGAUCUCAUCCAGGUAGACAAAGAAAAUAGCAGCGAUUCGGGCUACGAAAUACUGCUGCCCCAAAGUGAUGAUGAAGACUAUGAGCCCCUAAGUCCCUCAUCCCCUGCACAGCCAUCAGAGCCAUAUCAUUCCCAAGCCACACAAUCUACCUCAGCUCCUACUGUCCCCCAGUUGCCUGAAAGCAGCAACAAUGAUGACUAUGAACAACCUCUGCAAAGCCCGGCCAAAAGAAAAGCUAAAUCGAAGCCUGCUCUGUCUAAGGCUCGGAAGAGUGGGCCUCCUGAACAGGAAGAAAUGUGGCAUAACAAAAAGGAGGAGGACAGAAAUCCUGAACCCUUCAAGUUUAUGCCCUCCAGGGUACCUGGUCCUACAUUUAACAAGACGGCAUCAUGGUCUCCACUUUCGCUCUUCCAGCUUUUCUUUAGUGUACCUGUUGUACAGACAAUCAUUCAAAAUACCAAUGCCAAUGCUGCGAGAAGGAAGGCAGCUGGCAUAAAGUUUCAAUGGACUGAUCUGACAGUGAAAGACUUUUACGUCUUCUUGGCUAUUAUUGUUUUCACAGGCCUUGUAAGUGUACACCACAGAGCUGACUACUGGAAAAGAGAAUGGCCAUACAAUUUUCACUUCCCCCAAGAAUAUAUGUCCAGGAACCGUUUUGAGGCCAUCGUGUGGUCAUUGCACCUCUCCAACCUGAAAGACGACGAGGAAAACCAAAAAAAAAGAAACACCCCGCAGUACGAUCGGCUUUUCAAAAUCAAGCCGCUCUAUGACCAAAUCGUAAAUGCCUGCAAAGCAAAUUUCCAGCCUUACAAAAACAUCUGCAUAGAUGAGAGGAUGGUGGCAUCUAAGGCUAGAAUUAGCGUCAAGCAGUAUAUGAAGGCGAAGCCCACAAAGCGGGGAUACAAGCUGUUUGUUCUGGCUGAUUCAGCAUCGGGUUACACAUGGAACUUUUCUGUCUACACAGGGAAGAGUGAAAGCAACAUAAGCCAUGGUCUGAGCUACUCAGCCGUUUUAGAUCUUCUGCCAUUUUCUUUGCUUGGUCAGGGCUACACUUUAUAUUUGGAUCAUUUUUAUACCAGCCCUGCACUGUUCCAACAUCUGCGUAAGAAUUGCUUUGGCUACUGUGGAACCAUUAAAAAAACCCAGAGUGACUUUCCCCACACAGAAAAAAAUGACUUUCCUAAAAGAGCUGAGAGGGGAGAUAUGCGCUGGAUUAGAAAAGAUGAAGUGCUCUUUGUCAAGUGGAUUGAGACUCGGGAGAUAACGAUGUGCUCCACAGUGCACAGGGCCUUCAGUGGAAAGACUGUGCAGCGUAGAGUGAAGGAGGCUGGGGUGUGGUCGGCAAAGCAAAUACCUGUUCCUGAUGCAGUGCUGGAUUAUAAUAAGAACAUGCAUGGUGUUGAUUUAUCUGAUGCUCUCAUUGGUUAUUACAGUGUUCAACAAAAAACAAAGAAGUGGUAUAAGACUUUUUUUUAUCACUUUGUGGACAUUGCCAUUGUGAACAGUUUUAUUUUGCACAAUGAGAUAUGCAGGAGCCAGGGUCAGGAGCCAGUAACUCAGAAAAAGUUCUGGGAGCACCUUGCUGUGGAAAUGCUGUCUUUUGCCGUAGGCUCAGCACCAGCAGCACCAUCGCCCACACUCACCUGCAUGCCGCGUUAUUACGGCAGCGAUGCUACACAAUCCAGGAGGUACUGCAGGAGGUGCCUGGAUGCUGGCAUCCCAAGGUAUACUGUACUAUAUUCAGCUACAGUAGAAGUGAUUCAGAUGAACUCAGUCAUGGUACGCACCUGGUGUAACGGCUAA